AUGGCCGAAAAGAAUCCACCCCUUGUCAGAUAUAGAAAACGAUCAAUGUGGAUCCUCACGUUCUAUCUACCGAUUCUUAACGUUCCUUGGGUUAUCGCGUGUAUACUCAUGCAUCACCCAGUCUUUUUCCCAUCGUACAUCAACCAACGUGGCGAAUAUUCCAUGACGGAUGUGCAAAAGAUCCAAGAUUGGGCUACUGCAGCAAUUGUUCUCAGUCGUAUCACCGUCACUCUUGCAUUACCUAUUGUAUCAGCCUUGAUGGCCCAGGCUGUUGUGAUGUAUUCCCAGCUAAAAAGGAAGGCCAAGAAACGAAACUCAACGUACUCCAGCUCUUUGCCCUCUCUGACAGAGGAUGGAUGGAUCUACCAAUCUUAUGGACCUCCUGCUUCAGAGGAAGAUAUCACUCGUCUAGAUUCCUUUGGCUAG